AUGUCAUCGGAGGAUAAAUCGCAGGUGAAAGUACGUUUUUUCACUCGUGAAAAGGAUGAGUCCCUCCACGUACAGGACGCGCCCAUCUUUGCGCCCAUCAGUUUGAAAAGGUACGGUCUCUCUGAGAUUGUUAACCAUCUUUUGGGGUCUGAGAAGCCGAUUCCGUUUGACUUCCUCAUUGGGGGCCAGCUGCUGCGUACGUCGCUAGACGAGUACUUGGUGAAGCAUGGGUUGUCCAGCGAAUCAUCGCUAGACGUUGAGUACACGAGGGCCAUUUUACCGCCCUCGUACUUGGCCUCUUUCAACAACGAAGAUUGGGUCAGCUCGCUGGAUGUUGACAAGGGAUCGAACUACAUUGUGAGUGGGUCGUACGAUGGGGUUGUGAGAACUUGGGAUAUGUCCGGGAAGAUCAAAAAGCAGUACGGCGGCCACUCGGGAGCAAUCAGGGCCGUCAAAGUUGUGUCUAACACGAGGCUCGUCACAGCGGGUAAUGAUCGUACUGUGAGAUUGUGGAAGACGCAGAACGAGGAUUUGAAACAGCCAGAAAUUGAUGAGACCGAUGAGGACGCUAAAGUGGAAGACGGUAAGACUUUGGCGAUCUUGGAAGGUCACAAGGCUCCCAUCGUAUCUGUCGAUGUCUCUGACAAUGCCAGGAUUUUGUCCGCAUCCUACGAUAAUAGCAUUGGGUUUUGGUCAACUAUCUACAAAGAGAUGACCGUGGUUGAUCCAAUGGAGGAAAUAAACAACAAGGACAAUAAAAUAUCAACUGCAGCGAAGAAGAGGAGAAGACUGACAUUGAAAGAUGGGACGAUCAGAAGACGUGCCCCCUUGGCCCUCCUAGAGUCGCAUUCUGCGCCCGUCGAGGCCGUUGCAUUCGAUUUGAACGAUAACACUGUGGGCUACUCUGUGUCACAGGAUCACAGCAUCAAGACGUGGGACCUGGUGAUGUCUCGUUGCGUGGACACCAAAACUACAUCAUAUUCUUUACUCUCUAUGGUCCAAUUGCCAACGUUAAAUUUGUUGGCGUGUGGUUCCAGUGCUAGACACAUUACUUUGCACGACCCGCGUGUGGACUCCUCCUCUAAGAUAACGCAACAGCAACUCGUUGGCCAUAAAAAUUUUGUCGUCUCCCUUGAUACGUGCCCAGAGAAUGAGUACAUUAUCUGCUCUGGGUCCCAUGACGGGACCGUCAAAGUGUGGGAUAUCAGGUCUCAAGAUGCGAUGUAUACGAUCACGAGAGAAGAUGAGAAUGUGAAGAAGGGUAUCAAUGAUAAAGUAUUUGCUACCACCUGGGCGAAGGAUUUCGGAAUCAUCAGUGGGGGUCAAGAUAAGAAGAUCCAGAUUAACAAAGGUGAUAACAUCUUUAAAGUGUAA